AUGGUCUGGAAAUCCUUCCUAGCCACGGCCGCCCUUCUGGGUGCCGCUUUUGCCCAGACCACAUCUGACUGCAACCCUUACAAGGGCGACGACUGCGACCCCAACCCGGCUUUUGGCACCGAAUUUCGAUGGCCCUUCAACUCGACACCCGACGGUCAGCUGUGGGAGAACCAGGUCGGCUCCAUUGACUACGACGCUGAAACGGGCGCCAAGUUCACCAUUACCAAGAAGGGUGAUUCGCCGACCAUCCGCACUAAGUUCUACAUCUUCUUUGGCCGUGUCGAGUUCCACCUCAAGGCCUCGACGGGCGCUGGCGUCGUCAGCUCCAUGAUGCUUCUGAGCGACGACCUUGAUGAGAUUGACUGGGAGUUCAUCGGCAACGACCCCCGUGCCACCACCAACUUCUACGGCAAGGGUAUCGAGGAUUGGACAAACGGCAACUACCAUGACAUGGAUGUGGCGGUCCAGGACGAAUACCACAACUACACCAUCGACUGGACCAAGGAAAAAAUUGACUUCUACAUAAACGAGGUCCUCACCCGCACCAUCGAGGCCUCCAACUGCACCCUCGACAAUGGCACCGACGUCUACCCCCAGACUCCCAUGCGCAUUAGUCUGGGUAUCUGGGCCGGCGGUGACUCCUCGCUCAACUACUGGACUCGACAGUGGGCCGGUGGCGACAUUGACUACUCCAAGGGCCCCUAUGACAUGUUCGUCCAGAACGUCUUCGUCGAGGACUACAGCUCUGGCAAGGAGUACGUCUGGGGUGAUAACUCUGGUUCCUGGGAAAGCAUCGACAUUGUGGCCGGCAACUCGACUGCUUACAAGGCCAUCCACAAAAAGGAAAAGGUCCACAAGUCUCUCAAUCAAAAGUUCAACGAGCUCCCCACAGCCGGCAAGAUUGCCAUCUACGCCGGCGGAUCCGCCGUCGCCGCUGUCAUGAUCGCCGCCCUCAUCUUUUACUGCAUCAAGCAGCGCCGCCGUGGCGCCUCCGAGGCCCGCAUGGCCCUCCAACAAACUGAGGCCGAGCGUCUAGAUAUGGAGAGGCUCCAAAAGCAGGGCGUCGACCCGGACAGCUUCACCGAACAAAGCACCGAGUACAACCCGCGCGAGAUGAAGGGCGGGGGCAUCAUCGGUUCCAGCUCCUACAACGCCGUCAACUCUUCGGCCUCCUCCAUCGACACCGACAGGCAUUGGGUCUCUGGAGCAACUGGAGCUGCCGUAGGUGCGGGUGCCGCUGCCGCCGCCGGGGGUCCUCACAGCCCCCGCAGCCCCUCGCUCAGCAAUUUCCCGUCUCCCAACCCCUCCAACAACGGCUUUGCCUCGCCUCCUCCGCCCUUCAGCUCCGUGCGGUCUCCCAGCCCCGGCAUGGGCCGCUCAUCGCCUGGUCCCCAGUCCGUUUACGGCGCUAGCCGCAUGCAGGGCGGCGGUCCCGCGAGUCCCGAGCAGUCCAACUCGCCUCAUCGGGGAUACGGAUACUAA